AUGCCACCAAAAAAAGUAGUUAAAGAAGAGAAAAUACUGCUUGGUAGGCCAAGUAAUAAUUUGAAGAUUGGUGUUGUUGGUUUACCUAAUGUCGGAAAGUCAACCUUUUUCAAUGCCCUUACAAAUAGUGCUGUAGCAGCAGAAAAUUAUCCAUUUUGUACAAUUGAUCCAGAAGAAGCACGAGUUGCAGUACCAGAUACUCGAUUUGAUUGGUUAUGUGAAUCAUAUAAACCAGCUUCUAAGGUGCCAGCCUAUCUUAGUGUUAUUGAUAUUGCUGGUUUGGUUAAAGGUGCAUCUACUGGUGCUGGUUUAGGAAAUAACUUUCUUAGUCAUAUUAGGGCUGUAGAUGCAAUAUUUCAUGUUGUUCAAGAUGUAAUUCAUGUUGAAGGAGAAAUUAAUCCUAUUAGAGACUUAGAAAUUAUUCACCAUGAACUUCGUCUUAAAGAUGAGGAAUUUUUGGGUAAAAAAGUUGAAGAGUUAUCAAAAAAUGUUGCACGUAUUGGAAAAGGUGGAGAUAACAAAGAUGUUAGAAAAGCAAAUUGGAAUAAUAAAGAGAGAAAUUCACAACAGGUUGAAAUCAUUAAUUCUUUACAUUUGCUUACUGCAAAACCUGUAAUUUAUUUGGUAAACUUGAGUGAAAAAGAUUAUAUUCGUAAAAAAAAUAAAUGGCUGCCAAAAAUAAAGUCUUGGAUUGAUGAAAAUAAUCCAGGAGAUUUAUUACUUCCAUUGAGUGUGUCGCUUGAACAUCGUCUUUCACUUUUACCAACAAAAGAAGAAAAGGAUAAUUUAUUAAAGGAGCUAGAAAUUCAAUCCGCUCUACCAAAAAUCAUUGUUGCAGGAUAUCAAGCAUUACAAUUAAUUUAUUUCUUCACAUGUGGUCCUGAUGAAGUUAGAGCUUGGACAAUUAGAAAACAAACAAAAGCACCAAAAGCUGCUGGAAAAGGAUUUAUUUUGGUAGAAAUUAUGAAGUUUGAUGAUUUAAAAGAACAUGGGACAGAAAGUGCAGUAAAGGCAUCUGGUAAAUAUUUACAAAAAGGAAAAGAUUAUAUUUUUGAAGAUGGUGAUAUUGCUUAUUUCAGAUCUGGGCUUGCAAAUAAAAAAUGA